AUGGGAAGACAAAAGCAGUUUGCAAGAAAUUUGGGCAUUUCCCACAGGUGCAUCAUAGUACAUGGGUGUAGUGUUCAGACCUUCCAGCUGUUGCUCGGUUUCCUCUACGCAGGCCAUGUGGACUGCACUAGCCUCCCCCCAGACCAGAUGGUGGACUUGCUCGUCUUGGCUGACCACUAUGGGGUGGAUGCCCUGAAGCUCCUUGUGGAAUCAGGCUUAGAGCAGCACGUGGAUGACGAUUCAGUAGUUCCAUUGUUGAUCGUCGCACACCACUGCAACGCUUCUCAUCUCAAGGAAGUCUGCGUGCAUCACUGUGUUGUCAAUGCUGUUGUUAUGGAAGGUGAUGCAUUGGCACAGCUCCCAGAGGACUUGCGACAUCAUCUCACCCUAGCCCUUGGGAAGCACAGGAAAUGGUGUUCAGGAGCCAUAGGAGAGGAUGUGCUAGUGGGAGGUAAUGGAGGAGGUGGUGAAGACAGCCCUCUCUCUGUCUCAUCCACAGACCCCUUGAUUGAUGACCAAGUCAGCUUAAUACCCGGACUUCAGUAUGGCAGUAAUAGCCUUGAGGGAGGCUUGCGGCAAGUGGAAACAGUGGUGCAGCAGCUGAGAGAGGUUGUAGGUCACCAGGUUCCUAGAUCAACUCUCGUCCAAAUCACUCUGGCAGCUGACUAUGACCUCAACCGUGCACUCAACUUUUUCUUUGCCUCUUCAUCAUAGGUGUUCGUCUCAUCUUCUACCCGGCAGUAAUACUGCCUAUUUGUCAUCUCGUCUCGUUAUCUGCAAGGCUGUUGAUAGACACAAUGUCUUUAAAAAACUCUCACAAGAGCACAUUCCACACAGAUGCCAAGUGCUUAUUUUUUGUUUUUUCUACCAUUCUCUCAAUCAUGUACACAAGGUUCUUGUGGAAGAGUCCAAGAGGCCUUCGUACACAGGCUUUUGCUAAAGAGAACGGAAAAAUGUUUGUUAAAACCAAAGUGUGAUUUGUAUUUGUGCUCUUAAUGGUCUUUCUUGUUAAGUCUGUCUUGAUGUUCUUAAGUUGGCUUUAGACAGUUGCUUCAUAAUAUUCAAUUUUAUCACAUAGAGAUUUACAGUUUUACGAGUUUAUGUGCGUAUGCUUGUGUUUGUGAUAAUGAAGAGUCAUUCAUGAAUGCAUAUUUGCUCUCUCUCUCUCUCUCUCUCUCUCUCUCUCUCUCUCUCUCUCUCUCUCUCACUCACUUUCUCUAUCUAUCUAUCUAUCUUACCCAUAGCCCUUCUUCUAACUCAGUGUGCAUUUAUAGAAUGACUCGUAUAUUUAAGCUUUAAGGUUGCCUACAAUCCUGUAUGAGCAUGUAUUUUCAUUCGUGACAUAUGCUAGUGUGCAUUUUUGCCAUCAUUUACAGCUGCCCUAGAGCAAUGCACGUGAUCAAAAGUAAUGGUUUUAUGCACUGUGUGUGGAUGCUUGAGUGUGCUCUACUUCAAUCAUUUAUUUUAUUACUACUGUUAUUAUUAUUAUGAUUUCUCUCUUUAUUAUAUUUUUAGAUUACUUUUUCCCUUUUUUCCAUGUCUGUGCACAUCUAGAAAUAUAGUGACAUAUCACCAUAAA